GCUGUGGUGUAGGCUGGCAGCUGCAGCUCCAAUGAGACCCCUUGCCUGGGAGCCUCCCCUGGGAACCUCCACAUGCGGCAUUUGCAGCCCUAAAAAGCACACACACAAAAAACCGCCCACGUUCCACUAAUAGAGGAGGAAGAAAUGUUAGACGCCGCGGGAAUGCAACAGACAAACCCCAGGAGCGGGGAAACACUAAAUCACCGAGGUUUCCCGCUGUGGCAGCAUCUCUGGAAGCUGGGCAGCACAGUGACAGGGGCAGGGACCUGGCAUUGCCUCAGCUGCAGCAUAGGUCACACCUGUGGCUCGGAUCUGAUCCCUGGCCCAGGGGCUCCAUGCGCCACAGGGCGGCCAACAAAAAAGCAAACAGGGUCUCUGCUGGUUGAUUGGGUUCUAGGGGAGAUGGCAGCAGCCGCAGCGAGUCGAGGGAUCCGCGCCAAAUUGGGCCUGCGUGAGAUUUGCAUCCAUGUAUGUCAGCACUCUCCUGGCAGCCAGGGCGUCAGGACUUCAUCGAGAAACACUGUGGAGCUGAAGAAGGCGAACCCCGACCUGCCCAUCCUCAUCCGCGAGUGCUCUGAUGUGCAGCCCAAGCUCUGGGCUCGCUACGCGUUUGGCCAAGAGAAGAAUGUCUCUUUGAACAACUUCAGUGCUGAUCAGGUAACCAGAACCCUGGAGAAUGUGCUAAGCGGCAGAGCCUGAAGCCUCCACUAAGGAUUAAGAGCCAAAGCCCCAGCGCCAGGACUCUGCUGGACUGAGCACAAUGUGGAGAAACGUGUUCUGUUCUUUUUUUUUUUUUUUUUUUUUUGUCUUUUGUCUUUC